CGACGUGAGUACGAGGAUCGUGGCAGGGAUCGUGACCGUGGAAGAGAUCGUGACCGUGACCGUGACCGUGACCGUGACCGUGACCGUGACCGUGACCGUGACCGUGACCGUCAUGGAAGCGGCAGAGAUAGAUCGAGGUCGCCGUCAUAUCACCAUGAUCGGAGAAGGCACGACGGCAAAGAGGUCUGAGCGCCGCUAUGAUGACAGAGACUAUAGACCGCGACACAGCGACAGAGACAACGACCGCCACCAUGAUGAUCGGAGAAGCGGGUUCUCUUACGGUCGGUACAGUGACCGGCACUCGUCAUCGCGUGUAGACGAUGCGCCAAUUCUAUACAAGAUCUAUGAUGGGCGUGUCACCAACCUGAAGGAUUUUGGCGCAUUUGUGGCAUUGGAAGGGGUCAGGGGCAGGGUUGAGGGUCUUGUUCACAUUUCGGCGAUCCAAAAGGGCGUACGUCUCGGAAAUCCGCGUGAGGUUCUGGAUCGCGACCAGCGAGUCAAGGUCAAAGGUUGUCUCGGUGGUUGGCAGCAAAGUCGGCCUGUCAAUGAAGGACGUGGACCAAGCAACUGGGGAAGACCUGGCACCACCGCUCCGGGACGAUCCAAGAGACAGCGAAUCAUAUAACUCAUUCACUCGAGUGACUCGACCGCCGGCUAUCCCCAUGCCAGGGGCAUGGGCGCGAAGCCAAACUACCAGCGUCUACCAGCAAGAGCAGCAAGAGUGUUAAGCGCAUGACCUCACCAGAGCGGUGGGAGAUCAAGCAGCUCAUUGCGUCAGGCGUCCUG